AUGGACAACUGCCCCAGCCCUCACAGCAUCAAGCGACAGUGUGACCCUAGUAUGAAGAAAGCCAAAAACGUCAAAGAAGCAAGAUUCGCUAUAUUCACCAAAGUAUAUGCAGACUUUUCACUACAGAGAAGUUCUUCAAGCCAAUCGUCAACAACUUUGACGGUUCUGCUAUACCACCUUGUCAAUCAGAAUUACACCAACAGAUCUUACGGGUUUCAUACAUUUCAGACAUUUAGAGAAACGCUCAUUCCAAGUACCUAUUCAACGAUUGUAUCAACCGUUGAUAAUGGAUGGCAAGAGGUGGAUGGACAAUAUGAAUUUCGAUGGUUUGAAGGUGAGCAGCUGCCUACGUUUGACAACGAAGUUGUCAUCCAACCAGGAGAAGGCGAAUCUGAUGUUUUGGAGGUUGAAAAGAGCAUCGAUGAUAUUGAUGAUGAUAGAUAUGAGAAAGAUGACGCUGAUAACGUGUAUUGCGAAGAUAAUGAUGGCGAUGACGAAGAAGAAAUUGAUGAAGUUGAAGAAGAAUUUGUUUGA